AUGGCAGCUUCGCCACCAGCGCCAACUGCAUCAGAUCUGGCGCCAGGGAACUCACCCGUGAGUUCUCCCGCUCCUUCGCCGUACAAUGCGAGCGAUAUCAACCACGGAGACAUCAAUGCAGAAGGAAGCGAAGAGAAGUACGGUGGUGACGGAGGAAUGAGCGAUGGAAAAAAAACGAGAGUGGCGAUUGCUGCGGUGGGGGCAGCGUGUUUGGUUGGCCUCGGUGGAUUGGUUUACAAGAAGAGACAAGAUAAUAUCAGGAGAGCUCAGUACGGAUACGCCACAAGAAGUGAGAUUCUUUGA